UAGUUAAUAGUAAUUAAUUAAAAUAAAACCCAAUUUCUUUAAUUUUGAUUGAACUGAAGCUUGCAGUUGCAGAAGAAGGGCGAAAAAAAAUGGAAAUUGAUUUGGGAAAAGUCCCAUUUGGUAUGGAUUUUCAUCCCAAUGAUAAUUUAGUAGCUGCUGCUCUCAUUACCGGCCAUAUUCACCUCUACCGUUUUAAUGCUGAUUCCUCAUCUCAAAGGGUGUUGGAUAUUCAAGCACAUAGUGAUUCUUGUAGAGCUGUUCGUUUUAUCAAUGGCGGCCAAGCGUUGUUGUCUGCGUCAAGUGAUCGCUCAAUUCUAGCUACGGAUGUUGAAACUGGUUCCGUUAUUGGUCGUGUUGAAAAUGCUCAUGAGGAUUCUAUUUUUAGCUUGAUCAAUCUCACAGAGUCAACAAUUGCAACCGGGGAUGAUCAAGGAUGUAUUAAGGUGUGGGAUACCAGGCAACGUUCGUGUAGCAAUACCUUUAAUGCCCAUGAAGACUAUGUUUCCGAUAUGACUUUUGCUUCUGAUUCCAUGAAACUCCUAGGAACAAGUGGAGAUGGGACUCUUUCAGUAUGCAACCUACGAAGUAACAAGGUCCAAACACGGUCUGAAUUUUCUGAAGAAGAGUUAUUGUCUGUCGUUAUUAUGAAGAAUGGUCGGAAGGUGAUAUGUGGAUCAGAAAGUGGGACGCUGUUACUAUAUUCAUGGGGAUUUUUCAAGGACUGCAGUGAUCGUUUUGUUGCUCUCUCUCCAAACUCUGUUGAUGCUCUUUUGAAGCUUGACGAAGACAGAGUCAUUACUGGAUCUGAGAAUGGACUCAUCAGUCUGGUUGGCAUAUUACCAAACAGAAUCAUCCAACCAAUUGCUGAGCAUUCAGAGUAUCCCAUUGAGCGCCUAGCGUUUUCGCACGACAGGAAGUUUCUUGGCAGUAUAUCACAUGACCAUAUGUUGAAGCUUUGGGAUUUAGAUGAUUUGUUGCAACCUUCUGAAGAUGCUCAAAAGGAUCAAGAUGUUGCAAGUGACAAUGAUAGUGAUGAGAUGGAUGUUGAUUCUAAUCCUCCCAAAUCCAAAAGUGGCAACAAGAGAAAAAACGCACCAACUAGUAGCAAAACGAACAGCUUUUUUGCCGACUUGUAGAGGAGACAGUGGUAAGCAUUUUCUUGGUUAUGUUGCUAUUACCGCUUGUCAGUGUGGAUAUCCGCGUCAUGUGUGACCUGAAAACAUAGUUUGGCUAGAAGAGGAGGCAAAGAAGGCAAUUUUGAUCACAUAAGAUACAUAUUUUAUUUUAUUUACUUUAGUUAUUUUGAUAUGAAUAUACAACCGAAAAAUGCAUCUCUUUUAAAUGAUAUUUCUGUAGCGAUCUAGUCGCAGACUUAAGUGUUAUUCUUUGUUUAAAUGUGAAUUUUCAUGCUCAAGGGUGUCAUUCAGAUUUACACUCA